UUUACCACGGCACGGAGUCGGCGUGCCAACAGACUCUCUGCCCUCGCUUCACGCUACAAUGGUCGCGCCUCCCUCCCCUCCUCCCCCUCCGCCUCCCCCGUCCAAAGUUGUGUCGGCACGCUCUCCGUCGGCACUUGGCGGAGUCGGGCUGAGGGGAUGAGCAGCCUGAUCGGCGUCUGUCGCGGCCGAGCCAUGGCUCUCCUGCUGGACGGAUCUCCAGCCUACUACUGCCUGAUCCGCCGCCGGUUCAAGAGGAGGAGGAAGAAACGCUCGGAGCGCAAAGGUCGAGCAGGAGUCCGGCCAACUCGAACCCAACAGAGGCUGUUCAUCAGAAACGGGCACGAAGCAGAAAGCAUGAGUUCAUGCAGCACAGAUGUUAAGGAAAAUCGGAACUUGGACAACCUCUUCUCCAAAGGGAGGGUUGCACCUGAGGUUGCUCAGCUCCCCAAUGGGAGUGCUGGGGGUGGGAGGAAACGUCCCUUAGAGGAGGGCAAUAAUGGGCACACACAUUCCAAGUACAGGCCCAAGAAGCGUAAGAAAGUCCCCGGGCCCAUUCUGCCCAAGAAUGCCCUCAUGCAGCUGAAUGAGAUCAAGCCGGGACUGCAGUACAAACUGCUCUCUCAGACCGGGCCGGUCCAUGCGCCCGUCUUUGUGAUGACUGUGGAGGUCAACGGGCAGCUCUUCGAGGGUUCAGGUCCGACCAAGAAGAAGGCCAAGCUGAAUGCAGCAGAGAAGGCGCUGCGCUCCUUCGUCCAGUUCCCCAACGCAUCUGAAGCCCACAUGGCCAUGGGACGGACUCUGUCUGUUCACACAGACUUCACCUCGGACCAAGCUGACUUUCCAGACAUGCUCUUUAACGCCUUUGAGACAUCCAACCCCAUAGAUGACCCCUUUUACCUCGCUUCCCACAGUAAUGGUUCCUUCAGCUCAUUGGGAAUAGAGUACCCUUUGCUACCCUUCCCUGUCCCAAACCUGCCCCAGUCUCCCUUGCCUCCAGCACCCUCCACCACUGUCUCCCCGACAAGUGGCAAGAAUCCCGUCAUGAUCCUCAAUGAGUUGCGGCCAGGACUCAAGUAUGACUUUGUGUCGGAGAGUGGGGAGAGCCAUGCCAAGAAUUUUGUAAUGUCAGUGACGGUAGAUGCUCAGAAAUUCCAGGGUUCUGGGCGGAAUAAGAAGCUGGCCAAGGCUCGGGCUGCCCAGGCUGCUCUGUCUGCACUGUUUAACAUUCAGCUGGACCAGGCACCAUCACGGCAGCCUAUACCCAGAGAAGGACUGCAGCUUCACCUGCCACAGGUCCUGGCUGACGCCGUCUCUCGUCUGGUCAUCGACAAAUUCAGCGAGCUGACAGAUAAUUUCACGUCGCCACACGCUCGACGGAAAGUCUUGGCAGGUGUCGUCAUGACAACAGGCACAGACGUGAAGGAGGCUCAGGUCAUCUGCGUAUCCACAGGGACAAAGUGCAUCAACGGUGAAUACAUGAGCGACAGAGGUUUGGCCCUCAACGACUGCCACGCUGAGAUUGUAGCUCGUCGGUCUCUCAUCAGGUUCCUUUACUCCCAUCUGGAGUAUUUCCUCAGUAACAACAAAGAGGAGCACCAUCAGUCCAUCUUCAGCAGGUGUGACAACAGACAAGGUUUCAGACUGAAGGAGAACGUCCAGUUUCACCUGUACAUCAGCACCUCCCCCUGUGGAGACGCUCGCAUCUUCUCACCUCACGAAGCUGGAGUGGAGGAUCAGGGCGACAGACACCCGAACAGAAAGGCUCGCGGGCAGCUUCGUACUAAGAUUGAGUCCGGUGAAGGAACCAUUCCUGUCCGCUCCAGUAACACCAUCCAGACGUGGGACGGAGUUCUCCAGGGUGAGAGGCUGCUCACCAUGUCCUGCAGUGACAAGAUCGCCAGGUGGAACGUUGUUGGGUUCCAGGGUUCUCUGAUGAGCUACUUCACCGAGCCCAUCUACUUCUCCAGCAUCAUCCUGGGCAGCUUGUACCACGCCGACCACCUCUCCAGAGCCAUGUACCAGAGGAUCACUGAGAUCGAGGAUCUGCCACAGUCCUUCAGCCUCAACAGGCCACUGCUCAGCGGAAUAAGCAAUGCAGAGGCUCGUCAGCCAGGAAAAGCACCCAACUUCAGCGUGAAUUGGACGGUGGGAGACCAGGGCUUGGAGGUGAUCAACGCCACCACGGGGAAAGAUGAUCUGGGUCGACCCUCCAGGCUCUGCAAACACGCCCUGUACAGCCGCUGGAUGCGUCUGCACUGCAAGCUCGCUCCCACCCUGAGGAUCCGAACAGUGCGGCCCAACAGUUACCACGACGCCAAGCAGGCGGCGGUGGAGUACCACUCCUCCAAGCAGACGCUCUUCAGAGCCUUCUACAAAGCCGGACUGGGUGCCUGGGUGAAGAAACCAAUAGAGCAGGACCAGUUUGCACUCACCACCUGAGUUGGUGCUGCUGCUUGUUGUUUCGGUAACUGUUGAACUUUUACUGUCAGCGGAGAAAUAAUUUCCCGUUGGAUUGUCAUGGAUUUCACUGCGGGUUCUUGGGAAGAAAGAGGCAACAAAUCCAGAUGUUAGAAUCCACGGAUUUCCUUUUUAUAGCCUCGUGCUACUCCCUAUCAGCCAGCACUACAUGGUAAAAAAGAUCAUUAUUCAGUCAGUUAUGCAACUUUCUAUCGAGGACAAAUGUAAAAAAUAUACUGGGAAUGGAAACAAUGUUAGUUAAGUGGCAUUUCUAACAAAAAAAAAUAUAUAAAUAUAUUGAUUUUGCAUGUGUACCAAAUUCAUAAGAAGUGUCCAAUGUAGUAAAAGAUUAGUUAUGUUUAGUAUUGUGAGCUCAAAUGAUCAGUGUUGUGAAAAACUCCUGCAGUUUUAAUGUGUUUUACCUGCUUUGUCAGCAAAUCUGAAAUUCAAUUGUUACACAAACUUUAAGGCCAGCCUUUGCAACUUUGUCUAAAUAUGGAAAACUAUAGAUUCUGGCCUUGGUUACACUGUAAACACCCCUGUAAAUGAACUUCAUCCAGACAGCUGAUAAACAUCCAGUGCAUGAAUUGUAGCCUGUUUCUGGAAGAUGGUUUUUAAAAGUUGGCAGCUUUUACUCUAGACAGGAAAUGUAACUUUUAACUUAGUAGUAUGAACUCAUGAGAUGCUAACAGCUUUGCUGGGGAAAAAGAAGAAUAAGUUUGGACAUUUUAAUUGUAAUAAGACUUCAGUACAGUCAGAUCUUUUUAUUGCCUAGUGGUCAUCAGGGGAACUGCAGUCGAGUUUACUUAUGAAUUUUCUUAAAGAAUACUACUAUUAUUUUUUCAUAAUGUUUUUACUUUCAUCAAGCCACAUGGAAAUACCGAACCCACCAAUUUACUGCUCCAACUCUUCUCUACUUUUUCUCUGGUUCUGAGCUUCAAGCCCAUUGGUUUCUACAGAAAACACAUAUUUUUAAAAACAACUCGUAAAUAUAUGUUGUUUCAUGUUUUAUGAAAAGGUUCUGUAAUUUCCUAACCCAGUUGGGUACUGUAGUUUUCACCAAAUGUUAAACAAAUCAACAGAAACAGUGCAUUCUCUGGGGACUACUUUUAGCAGCAGAUGAAUCUACCGUUCUUUUGUGAGGAUUUGUGGUAACAGUGUGACAUGUUUGUGGACAGCAGCAAUGGAAUAAGAUAUAUGGAUUUAUGGACUGUAAGGAAACUUAUUUAAAGCUUGACUUCUGUGAUAAACGCCAAGAGUAGCAGUAAAUUUACAAAUUUUAUUUCAUGACCGUGUGUAAGCUGAUCUCCAAAGUAAUACUACAGAAUAUCAGAUUUGAGGCAUGUCACAUAGUAGAACGAACACCUGGCUAAUCAUAGCGCUGUCAUGUAAAUACCAAGUCAAACAUCAUGCUAAUCAGCGUCAUUUUUCUGCAGGAAUUAGUGCUCGAUUUUUCCAAUGACACCAGUCCGUUUCAUAAUAUGUUUUGGUUGGUUUGUGUGUAGACAUUGGUCAGUUGGCAGACAGUGACGCCAACAAAAGGCUGGAUUUAUGGUCUUUCCAAACUGCCUGUCACAUACACUACCGUUCAAAAGUUUGGAGCCAUUUUCAAAGGACCUUAUUUGUGAAAGAAAAGCUGUUUUCAAUGAAGAUAACAUUAGAGGCUCAUUUCCCGCAACCAUCACUCCUGUGUUCUAAUGCUACAUUGCGUUUGCUAAUCACAUUGGAAUGCUAAUUGAUGAUUAGAAAACCCUUGAGCAGUGAUGUUAGAACAUGAAUAAAAGUGUGAGUUUACAUGGAAAACAUGAAAUUGUGUCCAUGACCCCAAACUUUUGACCGGUUGUCUAUGUUGGAUAGUGCUGGUAACCACCUCUCCCCAGACCUUUCCAGCAUGGGACACUCUUCUCACUUUUAACAUGAACCAACAAACACCUGAAGAUGUGUUUCCUGCCAUUUGAAAAUGGGAACCUUUUAUUUUAUAUAGACAUAGUUGGACAGCAGAGGCUAGAACCCAACACUUUGUCUCCAGUGCUUGAAAUAGUCCAGUCAGAAUUUUUGAUUGAUGACCAGGUAUUGCCACCACUUUUCUCCUGUAAGCAGCCCUCAGUGCUGGUUGAUCCACACUAUUGCUUGGCUUUUAGAAUGCUUUCAACAUGUCAGAGUCUGUCUCCACCUUCCCAUUAUUUCUUAUAGAUUUUAACGCUGCCAUUUUCAGGAGUCCACAUGCAGAUAUUUGUUACCACCAGAAAUAGAGACCAGAGACACCAGAGUCUGACUAGUUGUGCUCAUACCUGAUCAAACAAAGGAAACACUCUAGAGGUCAAAUUAACCACUUAGAACACAACUGGAGUCAGACUGAUGCCAGAUUUUCGGGGUAGAUGCCGAUUGUUUAUUAUUGAGAUGGAAAAACAAUGGGGUCAUUGUUUAACCGUCCAGCAAUUUACUUUAAUUAGUAAGUUACUAUGAUAACUCCACGCCACCAUCUGCUCAACUGUGAUGCUCUACUACAUGUGCUGCAGACAGUGCUGAGAGAGUUGUAAAGAACGGAGCUGGACAAACUGUGCGAUGACAGAAUUUGUAAAUUAUUACAAGCCUGUAUGUCUGCAUUAAGUUCCAUACAAAAAAAAAAUUCAUAUUGGUGAAUAUCUUAAAACAUACAUGCUGUUCCUGAUAUAUCUGACCAAUAUCAGCCAAUAAUAUCGCCAACCAAUACAUCGGUCAUUCCCUGAUGUACUAAACCUUAUGCAAUGAAACCAGUAUUUAAAAAUAUUUCCAAAAAUGAUAGUCCACACACAAUAACUGCAGUAAAAUCCAGAACCAGGAGAUGUCUUGGAUUUGGAUGCAUCAUUGUAGCUGGCGUUUCUUAUCGCCAGUAAAAACUCACCAAAGAUGAUGUCAGCAUCUGUCAAGCCUUCAAAAUUGUCGGUCUCUUGUGUGUUUUUUUCCACGAAUCCAAAUGUUCUUUGGUUACUGUAAUCUGCCUCUACAAACCUUUCUGUCUCAAAGCUUUCAACUUUAUAGCAGUGUUUAAUGUUCGACUCUUUGAAAACCAAACAAGACCGAAUCCAAAAUCACUUGUAUUCCUCUAUAGCAGAGUUAUUAUCUAUAUUUCAUGUCCGGAUGCAGCAUGUGUUUAAUUUUUUGGUUGUGUACAUAUUUUUACUCAAAAUUUUUACUUUUUAAUUUUGGAAAAUCUUUAUUUUGCUGUAAAAGUUUAACUUAUUAAUUUUCUGUCCUUUAUAUUUUAUUGUGCAUUCUUCUGUUUCUAAUUUUAUUGAUGAAAAAAUGUCCUAACUUUGAAUAUGUGCAAGCCUGUUCCUGUCUCAGCACUCCUGGCCCCAGGCUCGACGCCUCGGGGUUUUUCAGAGGUGCCGACCAGUUGUUUGCACAGGAUAUGCACUUUUUAAACAGAGACUUGUCUCCAUUGGCUUCCAUUCUUUUGACUGAAGUAAAGCGGGCUUGAAUUGAAAAAGAUUGCCCUCUAGUGGGGAGACGCUACAGUUCUGGAUGGGUUCAAGCACUUUUUUAUUGAUUUGCUCCGUAUCGUAAGGCAACACUGUGGGGAUUAAUGCAUGAGCUCUACCUGUAAAGCAUGAAAACUCUAAAAAUAAAAUAUGUAGAAAUUGAGUCAAAUCAGUGAUCUAGAGAUUUAAUAAAAUGCUACUACAAUCA